AUGUCGUACGCGACGUCUGCCAGGAACGUGGAUCAUACCAAGUCCGAGGCAGAGCUUGCGAUCAACAUUCGAAAAGCCACAAGCAUCGAGGAGACCGCGCCGAAACGUAAACAUGUUCGUAGCUGUAUUGUGUAUACAUGGGACCAUAACAGCUCCAGUGCCUUCUGGGCUGGCCGUUCUCAUAGACAACCUAUUCUCGCAGAUGAGGUUCAGACAUUCAAGGCAUUGAUUACCGUUCACAAGGUUCUACAAGAGGGCCACCCCUCGACUCUACGUGAAGCCAUGGCGAAUCGAACUUGGCUCGACAGUUUGAAUAGAGGAAUGUCUGGCGAAGAAUAUGUCAACUUUUUGCUGUCCAAAUUGAGCUUCCACCAACAGCAUCCUGACUUUAAUGGCACAUUCGAGUAUGAGGAGUACAUCAGCUUAAAGGGGAUCAACGAUCCAAAUGAAGGUUAUGAAACUAUUUCAGAUCUUAUGACUCUACAGGACAGAAUCGAACACUUCCAGAAACUGAUUUUUGCGCACUUUCGAAAUGGAGGCCACAACGAAUGUAGGAUAUCCGCCCUGGUUCCUUUGGUACAAGAGAGUUACGGUAUCUACAAGUUCAUCACUAGCAUGCUGCGAGCUAUGCACACAACAACCGGUGAUGAUGAUGCUCUUGAGCCCUUGAGAGGCAGAUAUGACUCCCAGCAUUAUCGUCUUGUAAAAUUUUAUUACGAAUGCUCCAAUCUCCGAUAUCUCACGAGCCUGAUCACUGUGCCAAAGCUACCACAAGAACCGCCCAAUCUCCUUUCAGAGGAUGAUUCUGCCCCCAAGUUACCUCAGCGACCCAAGCAAGAGAUUGAGAGGCAAAUCACACCUCCGAAACCUCCCAAGACGGAGGAACCAGAUGAAAUUGGCGAGUUCUGGAAGACCGAACAGGACCGUCAAAACCGGGAGUAUGAGGAGCAACAGAGGGUUCUAGCAGAACAGCAGAGACAACAAAUGCUGGCACAACAGCAAGCACAACUUCAAGCGCAGCAAAAUUAUGAAGAACAGCAGCGUUUGCUGGCCGAGCAACAAAGACGAGAGCAAGAGCAAUUGAUGCUGCAACAAUCCCAACAACAGACUUAUGGUCGCUUGGCGGAACUUGAACGGGAGAACUUCGAUGCUCGAGCACAAUACGCGAGGGAUCAGCUAAUGCUACAACAAUACGACCAAAAGAUAAAGGCGCUGGAGGGUGAGCUUGCGCAGCUGCAGAACAGUUACGGACAACAAAUUGGAAGUAAAGAGGAUCAGAUCAGAGCUUUGCAAGAGCAAGUUAACACUUGGAGGACGAAAUAUGAAGCGCUCGCGAAGCUUUAUUCACAACUGCGGCACGAACAUCUCGACCUACUUCAAAGAUUUAAGAGCGUUCAGCUGAAGGCAGCAUCAGCUCAGGAGGCCAUUGACAAGCGGGAAAAACUUGAGCGAGAAAUUAAGACCAAGAAUCUUGAACUUGCAGACAUGAUCAGAGAAAGAGAUAGGGCUUUGCAUGAGAAAGACCGUCUCACUGGUGGUAACCGUGAGGAGGUCGAAAAGCUUAAACGCGAGCUUCGCAUGGCUCUCGAUCGCGCUGACAAUUUGGAGCGAAGCAAGGGCAAUGAGCUGUCCACGAUGCUUUCCAAGUACAAUCGUGAAAUGGCAGAUCUCGAGGAAGCUCUUCGCAACAAAACCCGAGCAUUACAGGAUGUCCAUGCUAAAUAUAGUGAAGGGGGUUCAGAUGCCGAAAGAUUACUCAAGGAUAAGGAGGAUGAACUGGAGGUUUACAAGCAAAGUUUGGAUGAUGCGCUUAUCAGACUCAAUGAGCUCGAGAUGUCAAAAGGUGACACUGACAAUGCUUUGGAUGGAGAAAUUGAUGCCAUGCUUCUUUCAAAUAUUGACAAAAUCAACGACAUCAUCGAUUCCGUUCUUCAGAGUGGAGUUCAGCGUGUUGACGACGCUCUUUACGAACUCGAUUCCACCAUGCAAGCUGGUAAUCAGAAUGCAACCCCAUCUUACGUUCUUUCGCAGAUCGAAAAGGCAUCAGCAACUGCCACCGAAUUCGCCACGGCAUUCAACAAUUUCAUAGCAGAUGGUCCGAAUAGCACCCAUGCCGAGAUCAUUCGAACCAUCAAUGUCUUCGCCAGCUCAAUUUCCGACGUGCUUAGCAAUACCAAAGGUCUCACGAGGCUUGCGACGGAUGACAAGAAGGCUGAUCAACUUAUUAAUGGCGCACGUCAAUCUGCGCAGUCUACUGUCACAUUUUUCCGUGGGUUGCAAAGCUUUCGAUUGGAUGGCAUGGAUCCAGUGCAGCGAACUGAGGUGGUCAUCAAUAGCAACAAUGAGGUACAAAUCCAUCUGCAACGCUUGAACAAACUUGCAGAUAUAUUUGCGCCAAACAGUGGUAAAUUCACAAACAAUAAAGGUGACUUGGGAGAUUUGGUAGACAACGAGCUCUCCAAGGCUGCUGAUGCAAUUGCUGCUGCCGCCGCGCGCCUGGCGAAGCUUAAGUCCAAACCUAAGGAUCAAUACUCGACAUACAAACUUGAAAUCCACGAUUCAAUCCUUGAUGCUGCCAUUGCUGUUACGAACGCUAUCGCCAGAUUAAUCAAAGCAGCUACAGUUACCCAACAAGAGAUUGUCCAGGCUGGCCGUGGCUCGUCUUCCAAGACCGCUUUCUACAAGAAGAACAACCGAUGGACUGAGGGUCUCAUUUCCGCCGCUAAAGCAGUGGCAACGUCAACAAACACGUUGAUUGAGACCGCAGAUGGAGUUCUUUCAGGACGUAACAGCCCGGAACAACUCAUCGUGGCUUCUAACGACGUCGCAGCCUCUACAGCCCAGUUGGUCGCUGCUAGCAGAGUCAAAGCCGGUUUCAUGAGCAAGAGCCAAGAGAGCUUGGAGCAAGCUAGUAAAGCUGUUGGUUCAGCCUGCAGAACUCUUGUCAGACAAGUACAGAGUAUGAUCAAGGAUCGGGAUCAAGAUGUUGAGGGAGAAGAUUACGCCAAGCUCGGGGCGCAUGAGUUUAAGGUCAGGGAAAUGGAGCAGCAGGUCGAAAUCCUACAACUUGAGAACAAUCUCGCGGCGGCGAGGAAGAGAUUGGGGGAAGAAGUAAAUGGGCUGUACGGCGAUUCUUUUAAUAAGCGUGUGAUAUCCAGAUUUGGUAAGAGUUAUUUCAUUGAGGACGAUGACACUUGUAGGGAGGGCAUCCGUGGAAAUACUUUUGAGACCGAGGCAAAAUAA